UCCUCUAUCUUUUAUUCUAUGUCACUCUUCUAUUUCUCUUUGCUAGCUAUAUAGCUUUUUAGAAAGUUUGUAUAGAAGAACAAUAUGGGUGCACUUUAUUUCUUGAUCUCAAACUUUUGCACUUCACCAAACACAAAAACCAAACGCAAACCAAUGCAGACAGUUGAGAUCAAAGUGAAAAUGGAUUGUGAUGGAUGUGAAAGAAGAGUCAGAAAUGCAGUGGCUACAAUGAAAGGUGUGAAAUCAGUGGAGAUAAACAGAAAGCAAAGCAAAGUGACAGUGAAUGGUUUUGUUGAUCCAAACAAAGUGUUGAAGAGGAUAAAAAGAACUGGAAAAAAGAGAGCUGAAUUUUGGCCUUAUGUUCCACAACAUGUGGUAACCUUUCCUCAUCUCUCAGGAAUUUAUGAUAAAAGAGCACCAGCAGGAUAUGUAAAAAAUGCACAAACAUUUCCAGCAUCUAUGGAUACAGAAGAGAAACUCAUGUCCUAUUUUAGUGAAGACAAUGUUAAUGCAUGCUCCAUCAUGUAACCUAAAAAAAAAUAUAUGUAUCAACUGCGAAAAAUAAGAGGCAGAUAGAUAGACAGAUUUAUAAAUUAAAGAAUAAUUUUAUUUUUUUUCUUUUAAA